UUUUGUUAACAUGGCCACAGAAGAACCAAUCGUUGCGGUGGAACCCGUUCCCGAACCAAUCAUCACUGUCGAACCUCCAGCAUUGGAGAAAGAUCAGUUCGAACCAAAGGUUGCUGAAGCAGAGAAGAAGACGAAGAAAGUAGCGAAGGAAUCCAAACCUAAGAAAGCUUCCAAACCACGAAACCCUGCUUCUCAUCCUACUUACGAAGAGAUGAUUAAGGAUGCAAUUGUAUCUCUGAAGGAUAGGACGGGUUCAAGCCAAUAUGCGAUUGCAAAAUUCAUUGAAGAGAAACACAAACAGCUUCCAUCAAAUUUCAAGAAAUUAUUGUUUCAGAGUUUGAAGAAUGUUGCUUCUGGAAAGCUCGUUAAGGUGAAAGGUUCAUUCAAGUUUGUGGAAGGGAUUACGUGAUUGGCUUAGAAGAGUUUAUGAG